AUGUUUCUCAACUGCUUCAGAUGCGGACAAGAGAACCGCAAGCAGGCCGUUCUCGAAGCCAACAAAGACAUUGGCACCGACACCGAAGGUCGCGAAUUAGACGACACCGCCAUAGUCCCUGCCGACGGUUUCCUAGGUCGAUCAAAUUUUCGGCUACCAACAUACGAACCCAAGGACAGUCCCCGUCCACACCGCUCCCAUGCAGAUUAUGUCCGGUUAAGCAUCAAGGAUAUCUUGUCGACCAUGCGUAAAGAAUCCCAUCUUGCACGCUGUAUCCUUUUUGAAACUGCCCGACUCCAGAGAUCCUCACGUUCAGGGAGGUCACUGAAGCUUUCCCAACACGACCGCAUACUCGAUUUACAGCUGCUUGAAUUGGAAAAGGUGUUACUAAACGGUAACGAACUGAUCCGCGGCCCACGGAGCGAUAAGAACCGGGAGAAGCAAAGCCUCAUAAUCAAAGGAAAACCGUUUAAGAAAGCUCUUCGAACAGCAAAGAAGUCACUUUUGGAAUUGGCGAAAUCUUUCAAUGACCAAAUUCUAAGAGAGUUAGAGAAUGGCUUGCAACGCAAAGAAAAAGUUGAUUACGAACAAAUUAAUGAGAAAAUCACAAUCUUAAAGAUUGAGCUUCAGAAGGUUUACAAAGAGGUGAAGGAUGCAUAUAAUUCCGAGAAGAAAAGACAGGGGCAGGAUCAGCGUGCCCAGACUGAUGACUCGGGAGCAAAGACAAAGUCCAGGAGAAAUCGCUCCAGAGCUACUAGCCUGGACACGGGAACGCCGAUCACACAGGGUCAAGAUAGCACUUAA